AUCAGGGGCGGCUAGCCGCUCGACGUGCUCGGCGCUCCCGCGGGGCCUGCUCCGCGAUCGGCCGGCCGUCCUGCGUACGGCGCGCGUCGCCCUAGGAGAGUCUGGGUGCCGCCAUCAUGUCGACGGCUAUGAACUUCGGGUCCAAGAGCUUCCAGCCGCGUCCCCCGGACAAGGGUAGCUUCCCUCUCGAUCACUUCGGUGAAUGUAAAAGCUUUAAAGAGAAAUUCAUGAAGUGUCUCCGGGACAAUAAUUUUGAAAAUACUUUGUGCAGAAAUGAAUCAAAAGAAUAUCUAGAGUGCAGGAUGGAGAGGCAGCUGAUGGCACAGGAACCCCUGGAAAAGCUGGGAUUUGGAGAUCUGAUUGAUGGAAAAUCAGACAAAAACUGAGCUGUGCUGGGAGGAAGCCCGUGGCUGUGUGGGGUCGCUCGGACUCCCGCCCCCACAGCGCGCUCAUAGGUACCGCGGCUCAGAAGGGGACUGUGGGGGUGCCCGCGAGAUGCUGCUCGGAACCAUGCCAGAUGCCCCUCCCUGGGGACGUGCCUUGAGGCUAGGAAACGGCUCGUCUUCUGAAGCUGCUGAAAGGAUUUUGGGAAAGUGGUGUCCCUUUUAGAUUUCUGUUUCCCUCAGGCUUGUGAAGGUUUAUCCUAAGUUCGCGGGGAUGACAGGGCUCCCAGGGAGGUGAGGUGUCCGGUGCCCACCCAGGGCACUGUGGGCGCCAGUGAGGUGCUGGGUUCACGUCGUUGGCUGUGUGUGAACGUUACAUGGAAGUUAUGUAGACGUUGUCAGGAAGACGUUCCUAGUAAGUGGGUUGCUCUUUGUACUCAUAAGCAUGUACUCUGUUCAUUUCCUUUUCUUUUUUUUUUGAAACAAAAACAGAGGAUAAACCUGGAAGGGGAAACUGGUUUUGACACAUCUGACUUCUUGAUUUUUGCUGGUGAUGCCUGAACACCAUGUGUCUUUCUGAUCCGUAUCGGGUGACACUUGUACAGUCAGAUGUUUAGUUUCAAGAAGUCGCCUGCUGUAACUGGGGAGCAGGUCGUCCGCCCUUGUCAGGCGACGGCGCAGCGGCCUCUGGCGCUUUUCCUCUGAGGAGCCGCAGAGCCUGCAGCCAGCCCCGCUUCUUGGCCAGGAGGGGUCAGGGCAGCGUGGGCCCGUUGAGUGCUGCCCGAGUGCUUUGAGACCCCAGGGCAGUGUUUCUGGGGAGCCUUGUCGUGGGCUCAGAGCCUCAGCGGAGACCCUGCACCUGCCCCGUGACUGUCUCCCUGGCCCCAGUCAGCUGACUUGUCCCAGUGUGGCCAGUGGGGGGGGGGGGGGCCAGGAAGACCCAGGUGAGUGCCCUGACCCCCUCCUGCUGCAGGGAGCCCUCGCGCCUCCCCGGCCACGUCCAGUUGUCUGUGUGGCGUCCCUCCCCUCGGUCCUGCGGUGGCGCCGUGCUCACUCAGGCCCUCCCCUCGCUCCAUCCCAGGCCGGCCGUCUGCCGGGGGCUCCGGCACUGCUGGCCCCGUGGGGGUCCAGCCCCCGGUGCUCCGUCUGUGCCUUGUCACUGGAGCAUCGUCUCUGUCUACGCUUCUAGCUGGUUUAUGAAAAGCCUUGCUUUUUAUCACCAAACCGAGCCAUGGAAGUAUCCAGUGUGACGUUGCACAUGUACAGGGUUAUUCAUUGCAGCGUUGUUUGUAAUUGUAAAGCAUUGGUGUGACCCGGCCACCCGUGCUUGUCCCCGAGGCAGGGCCCGGGGCGGCCGCAGGAAGGACUGGGGGAGACCACAGUGUGCCCUGCAUGGCCCUGCAUGAGAGGGAACUUGGGGCCCAGAAGGCAGUGUGGUGGGGGAGGGCUGUGGGUAGAGAAGCAGAUGUACAGAAGUUGUGCAGAAGCGUGUGCAUGCACUCCCCUGUGUUCAUACGGACAUCCUUUCGCUCUAGGUCCCGGGGACCUGGGGUCACUGACCCCUGGCAGCCAGGGGCUUGCCUGGCGGCUGACUCUUUGAUUUGAGCCUCUCUCCAGCAGGAAGACCCAGGGCCAGAAAGUCCAUUUGACCCUGGACCCUCUUGUGUCAGACAGUAGGGAGUUGCCAAAGCCUUGGUGGGCUUGUCAGGAGCGCGCGGCAGGGCUCCCAGUGGCCUGGUUGGCAGCAGCGGAACAACCGUUGGGUUUGGCUGCAGCGUCAGUUCCUGCCCAGGAGUCCCUGCUGAGGGAGGGCAAAUGUUCCAGCGCAGGAAGGGGACAGCCGUCCUCCCGACCCCGGCCCUUGUGGAAGGACGGGGCAUCCAGGCAUCAAUGUGUCUGGAGGUGGGUGGGCAGCGUUAGGUGGAGCCGGUUCUGGAGGACACCCCAGGAAGCACUCAGCCACCAGCCGAAACCUCUGGGAUGUCGCUGACGGCAAGGUCCCCAUGGCACGCGCCCUGAUCUGCCCCAAGGAGGCGGCAUCACUGCUGUUUUCUCUUGAGUGUGUCACCUCCGUCUCCGAGGACACACCGACGUGCCCGGCCCGAGGGCCAAGCCUGGCAUGAGGGUCAGCGGUGCUGUCCCCGAGGACGGGUGAGGGGCUUUGGGUUGGUCACAGCGCAUCAUGUCCGUGCACACGGGGAUGUCGUCAGGAGAAGCGGGCAAACUCUGGCCUGUUUCUGCAACUUUUUGGAAGUCUGGAGUUAUUUCAAAAUAAAGAAUUAAAAAAAUGGUC